AUAAUCAUUACUUUUAAGUGUUUUUAAUAUUAUUAUUUAGUAAUUUAAGAAAUGGAAUUGAUUUUUUGGGUAAAAUUAUACCAAAUAAAAAGAAAACCCGAUAAAUUUUCAGUACAAAAAAUAAAACUACACAUGAGACAUCCGAGAAAAAUUCUAUUCUCUUGAUAUAAAAAAAAUUACAUAACCAAAACCAAUAAAAGAAGCGAUGAAAAGUCACUUUUUUUCUUUUUAUCUGUUAUUUUAUCCUCACCCCUUGCGCCUUUACUUAUUUUAGCCAACAAUAUUUUUAUCUUUUCCACAGUGUACUAUAUAUUUACUUAAGUAUUUUCCACAAAAAAUAAAUUUUAUUUUCAUGGCCAAAAAUCUCAUGCGUUUAAGUUAUAUUUUUGUAGGGGGAGUACAUAAUCCUCGAUACAGAGUAACCAUCCAAAAAUAGGAUCCACACAUAAAAGCAUACCCCAAAAGGAUUAAACGUUCAAAAAGCCAGGAAUUCAUACACAAAACAGGACACACGUUCCACGUUCGUUGUGUCUUCGUCUCGUCUCAACUCGACUCGACUCGUCGUCCUACUACAAAUUCUGGCGAUUGUGUCCGCUCUAGACACAAGAGAGAGGGAGUGAUAAUGUCGCCACCAACACCACCGUCACCACCAAUCAUAUCGCGCUAUGCACGCGAGGAGGAAGAGCAAAAGACCAGUAGCAGGAGUCACCACCGCACGGCUCGUGAUUAUCGCGCCAGCCGCUCGCGCAGCAGAGGACGUGGUCGCAGCAGUCGUUUGAGUCCCGAUAGAGAGCGCAGGUACAGGCCACGCACACAUUCUAGAAGUCGAAGCCGUGAUGUCAGUCGGUAUCGCUGGAAACAGCGGUCAGAAAAGUCUCCAUCCAGACAUCGACGUGAGCGAUCUCCUUCGAAGUCGAUAGUGCGACCUGAAAGACGAAGGCGCAGCAGUCACAGAAGUCGAUCGCGAUCUUACUCAAAAACACACAAAAACAUUUCCAACAGAUCGAAGAGCCGUUCGCGCUCGCACUCGCGUUCUAGACGUCGUCACAACCGUUCAAGAUCAGGUUCGAAGAGCCACCGAACAAGAGACACUAGAAGUCGCAGCAAGCGUCGUGAAGACCGCGGAGGCAGUUCGAACAAAACUCCGAAUGUAAUCGUACUAUCCACAGAAUCAUACAAAGACUCACUCAAAUCGAACAAAAAGUUGCCAUCAGUACGGGAAGAGACAGCAUCAUCCUCCUCUUCGUCAGCGUCGACUGCGAAACAACCCUCAUUUGAGGAAACACCUUCGUGGAAGAAGGCCAAAUUGGAUCAGGUUGGAGUGUACUCUAAUUUAGAGCCCGACGCACCCAUAGACAAGGAAAAGAUCCACAAAGAAAUCGAAGAGAAACUCCGUCUGGUGCUCGCCAGAGAGGGCAAAGUAUAUCCAUAUCCCAAGCCAGAACCGUCACAUCCUGUGUUCGCAAAUGACGGCUCUUUUCUGGAGAUUUUCAAGAAGAUGCAGCAACAACAGACAUUCGUACAACAGCAAGUUGGCGAGAGUAUGCAAAUUCAUGCCGUGCCCACACCUCCCGUUGCACCUGUGGCGCCCGUUGCUCCCAUUCAGCAACCACCUCCUCCUCAGUUGCCAAUUUUCGGCCGAAGACGUGGCGGAAAGAUACUCAAAACUGGCGUAGUUGCCAAGCCAAAGGCAUCCAACGAAACCGAAACGGGUGAUGUGAAAGACUUCUGGUCGAUCUACCUGCGCGAGGUGAAAAAGUACAAAAGCACAGCCUGCGAAUCGGAUAGCAAAACGAGACCUCUCGUUCGAUAAAUAGAAAUCAAAAACAGAAACUGAAACAGAAACACAAAAAUAUCCCCAUGUUUUGCUUUAACUACUCUUAAAAAAUCUUUAUUCACAGAAAAUACUAAUACAAAGCUAAACAAAAAAUCAGUUCCAUUUCUUAUUGUAAUUAUUAUGUAUUAUUUUUAUUUUUAUUAUAAUUAUGAUUAUUAUUAAAACAAACAGUGUUAGAAUUAGGAGUUUGGCUGUCGAUGUUAAUCUGAGAGUCCGCAGCCGCAAUAGCAGUUAAUAUAUAAACGAUUAUCAUAUGGAUAGGUUUAGAUUUCAUUCCCAUCUCUAGAUUUUAAGUUAUUUUCUCUUACUUUUUUUUUACUCUCUCUCUCUCUUUCACAUUCACAAUAAUAUAAUAUAUAUGUAUAUAAGAAUAUA